AUGGCUGAUGACUUGGGUCCUCACCAUAAGCACGAUCAAAGUGCGACGACAAACAUCUCCAGUAAUACUGGCGAGGUAGCUCCCGCCUACGAGAAAGAUGAAGUUGGAACACAAGAAAAAGAAGUCCCUCGUAAAGGAGGAAUUGAUCUCACUCAGCUAUCCGCCAACACCACUGGCGAAAUCCGAAAUCCCCUCGUCGGAAUCCCCAAACAUCAACUUCUCGCCGACGUCGAAACAUUUGCAAAUAAGCACAAUCUCACUGAUAUUCUCCCAAAUUUAAUCAAAGGAGCACUUGUUGCGCAAAGUCCUCAUCAUGCGGAUAAGAUUACUGAACUUGAUGAUGAGGAUCGAAGAGUUUUGGAGGAGGAAGUUACGCAUCGUUGGAAACAUCCCAAACAACUUUAUAUGACUAUUAUUUUGAAUUCCGUUGCUGCUGCUAUCCAGGGUUGGGAUCAAACAGGUGCCAAUGGCGCAAAUCUUACCUUUGGAGAUGCUUUAGGCAUCCCAGAUACAGGCCCUAUUUGCGAAGCUCAGGGUACUUGUGAUAAGAAUGCGUGGAUUAUUGGUGCUAUUAAUGCAAUGCCUUAUAUGGCUAUCUGUCUCUUCACCGCAUGGAUCUCCGACCCCGUAAACCAUUACAUCGGCCGUCGCGGUACCAUUUUCGUCGCAGCAAUCUUUUCUCUCAUCGCUCCACUUGGCAUGGGUUUUUCCCAAACCUACGGCCAACUAAUGGCUUGUCGUGUCCUCCUCGGUAUCGGAAUGGGUCUCAAAGAAGUAACUGUCCCCGUUUUCUCCGCCGAAAAUUCUCCCCCCAGUAUCCGUGGUGGUCUCGUCAUGUCCUGGCAAGUCUGGACCGCUGCUGGUAUUUUCCUCGGUACAUGUGCUAAUCUCGUGUUUGUGCAUUCCGGUGCAUUGGCGUGGAGAUUACAAUUUGGUUCUGCGCUUGUUCCUGCAAUCCCUCUUGUUAUUGGAAUAUAUUUCUGUCCCGAAUCGCCGAGAUGGUUGUUGAAGAAAGGAAAUGUAGCGAAAGCAUAUCGAUCGCUAUUACGUUUGAGAAAUUCGCCAUUGCAGGCUGCGAGAGAUUUGUAUUCCAUCCAGGCACAAUUGGACUAUGAGGAUCGUUUAUUGGAGCAGAGUGGAUUGGCGAAGAACGGAAAUAUGUUCACUAGAUUCAUCGAGUUAUUUACGGUGCCAAGAUUGAGGAGAGCAACGCAAGCGAGUGGUAUUGUUAUGAUUGCGCAGCAGAUGUGUGGAAUCAAUAUCAUUGCAUUCUACUCCUCUACCAUCUUCAAAAACGCAGGCGCAACAAUCAUCGGUGCACUUCUCGCCUCCUUCGGUUUUGGUCUUAUCAAUUUCAUCUUUGCGUGGCCCGCCGUCUGGACAAUCGAUACUUUUGGUCGUCGUACACUUCUCCUCUUUACAUUCCCUCAAAUGUUCUGGACUCUUCUCGCAGCAGGUCUUUGUUACUUCAUCCCACAAUCAUCUAAAGCACAUAUCGGCAUGGUAGCCUUCUUCAUCUACCUCUUCGAUAUUGCCUAUUCCCCCGGUGAAGGACCCGUUCCAUUCACUUAUUCCGCCGAAGUCUUCCCCUUAUCCCAUCGUGAGAUUGGCAUGUCCUGGGCCGUUGCGACCAACAAUUUCUGGGCCUCGGUACUCUCCCUUACUCUUCCACGCAUGUUAUCCGCUAUGAAACCACAAGGUGUAUUUGGUUUCUAUGCCGGACUCAAUCUCGUCGCAUUCGCAUUAAUCUUCUUUUUCCUCCCGGAAACUAAACAGAGAACGCUCGAGGAAUUGGAUUAUGUGUUUGCGGUACCGACGAGAACUCAUGCGAAGUUUCAGAUUCAGCAGCAGUUCCCUUGGUGGGCUAGGAAGUGGAUUUUGAGGAGAAAGGGGGAGGUGGAGCCUCAGCUUUAUAAGUUUGAAGAUGAGGUGUGGGUCGAGCAGGAAUUGGAUACGAGAGGUGUUAGUAGUGGGCUUGAGGUUGGCGGGCAGAAGAAAGAACUUGUUUAG